CGUUGUCCAGUUAGCUUUUGUUCGCCGCCGUGAUCGUCGACGAAUCACGUUUUCCACGUAUCGCUUGCUCGCGAUAUGUACACGAACAGGUGCGUGAACGAGAGGACCUCCCUCACCAGACCUUUGGAUUCACCGGAUUACGUGGAAUUCGCGAGUUUGCUGAGAAGCAGGAAGACCCGUAUCAGACAGUUCCAAUGCUGCAUCUGCGCUACUUUGAUAGCAAUCUUCACUAUGGCUCUCGUAGUGACAGUGAGCUACUCCGUGAGCCACGACAUGAUGGACGCAGGGCCGAAUCUAACGGCCCCUUCAUUCGAUUACAACGCGAAUCUUACCAGGUCUUUGAAAAAACUGAAGCUAGGCUUCGCCCCUGGAUCUGGCUCUUACACGUUGUUCAAACCUUCCAUCACCCCUUCCAAUUCCAUCUUCGUGCCUGAUCAAACGGCGAAAGAAACACGGAGAUUGACCAAGGAGGAGGUGAAGGAAGGAUUGAAAGCUGGCCGCCAGGCGGUCAGCGAGCGACUUUUCACGGACGCUUUAACGUCGCCGUUGCCCUCGCCGUCGCCCGAAGUCAGGCAUCGCCACGCGGUCAGCACCUGCAUCGACGCCGGCACGUUGGCUCUGGCCGCUGUUGCCGAGCUUGCAGCCACCAGAAAGAUCGAAAACUUGAGGGCCGUCCAGGGAGAGCCGUCCGCCAUUGGAAGCUUCUUCGAUGCAGGAUGGAAAAUUUUUGGCGCGUGCAAGCAACUCACCACACCUGACUGUCCGCCCACCAAAUACAGGACCUUCGACGGAAGUUGCAACAGGCCCAUGCAGAUGGGAGCCGCCAUGACACCUUUCAUACGACAUCUGCCCCCCGACUACGGGGAUGGCAUCAACGCGCCACGCAAAGCUGUUUCAGGCGCCGAUUUACCAUCUGCGAGGGAGGUCAGCCUGAUAGUUCACAAGCCUUCGCCAAGCAGCAAUCCGAGCUUCACAGUGAUGCUGGCCGUUUACGGCCAGUUUUUGGACCACGAUAUCACGGCCACUGCGCUCAGCCAAGGUCUGAACGGCACUUCCAUUCCGUGUUGUCCACCGUCCGACGGCCAUCCCGAGUGCUUCCCCGUCCCCGUCUCGUCCGGUGAUCCCGUCUUCGAUGUCGCUGGAAGAACCUGCAUGGACUUUGUCAGAUCAGCCCCCGCGCCCCAGUGCAAACUCGGCCCCAGGCAACAGUUGAACCAGGUAUCGGCGUUCAUAGACGGGUCGACGAUUUACGGGGCGGACAAGAGCGCGGCCGAGAGUCUGCGAGAGUUCACGGGAGGCCGUUUGAGGAUGCAGCUGACCCCCGACAAUAGGACCCUGUUGCCUGCCAGCACGGAUCCCAACGACGGCUGCAACCGCGAGGCCGAGAGGCGAAGGGGAAGAUACUGUUUCGCGGCUGGCGACGCGAGGGCCAACGAGAAUCUGCACUUGACCACGAUGCACCUGCUGUGGGCGCGGCAGCACAACAGGGUGGCCGACCGAUUGGCCAGGAUCAACCCCUCGUGGGACGACGAGACCCUGUACGAGGAGUCUCGACGCGUGGUCGGCGCCCAACUGCAACACAUCACGUAUCGGGAGUUCGUGCCGAUUAUUCUGGGCGAUCGAGAGACGGACAAGAGGGAAUUGAGACCUGUGGAGUCCGGUUACAGGAAGUGGAAGUUGGAGAGGAACGACACGAGCUUCGAUCCGAGCGUGGCCAACAGUUUUGCCGCGGCCGCGUUCAGAUUCGCCCACACCUUGCUGCCCGGAUUGAUGAGGAUGACUGACGAGAGGGCGGGGACUUCGUCCUACGUGGAGCUGCACCGGAUGCUGUUCAAUCCUUACAGCCUGUACGCGGAGGGAGGGCUGAGGAGUUCAAUCAACUCAGCGACAAGAAACGUGAUCCAGAUGACAUCGGCCCACGUCACCUCUCAGCUGACCAAUCACCUGUUCGAGGACCCUGUCGCGAAUGUUACCGUCCCGUGCGGCCUGGAUCUGGUCUCGUUGAACAUACAGCGUGGAAGGGAUCACGGGAUUCCCGGUUACACGGCGUGGAGGGAAUAUUGCGGAUUGGGAAAGGUGGAAAGUUUCUCCGACUUGGAAGGCCACCUGGAUCCGCAAAGUCUCGAGGAUAUUGCCUCGUUGUACGAGUCCGUACACGAUAUAGAUCUGUACACGGGGGCUUUGGCCGAGUUGCCCAACUCUGGUAGCAUCGUUGGGUCUACUUUCAUGUGCCUGAUCGCCGAUCAGUUCGUCAGGUUGCAGAGGGGAGACAGAUUUUGGUACGAGCUGGCCGGGCAGCCUCAUUCGUUCACCGAAGAUCAACUUACCGAGUUGCGCAAGAUGUCGUUGGCGAGGUUGAUUUGCGACUGUUCGGACGAGAUAGGACAGAUCCAGGCGGAAGUGAUGCGAGCAGUCGGCCCAGAGAAUCCCAUGAUCUCUUGCGAGGAUAUACCAGCACCUUCUUACGAGCCGUGGAGGGAAAUUGAGCGAGUAACAUCGUUCAAUUGGACAGGUUUGAGGGACGACAUCAACAACACGAUCGAAGAAAUCGUGGCUUACAUCAACAACUCCAGGACCGGUUUGGACACCGAUUGGCAAGCGUUUAAAAAUUACAUAAGCGAUACAUUUUCUGAUCUUAGAAAUCAAUUGUCCGAAUUGCGUCCAUCCAACGAUAGCCAAGCAGCCAAGGAAAGAUCGGAUUCGAUAUCAGAUUCCGAACCGUAUCGAUAUUGGAUCGGGUUAAAAAGUAACGUGACGAGAUCGUUGAAUCGCUCUAUGCAAACGAUGACUGGCGGGCCAGCCGCUGUGACGAAGUGGAUGGCGUUUAAACGAAGUAUCGUCGAUCAGUUUGCCAGUUUGAAGGAUCAGAUCGCAGCUAUGAGAGCAGAUGUUGCGCCCAAAUUGGAGAUGAGGAAGAAGAAGUCCGAGCAGGAACAGAUUUCGAACGUGAACAGUUCGAGGAUGAACGACACGAUUCCAGCGAUCUUCGAUUGGAAGAACUUCAAGAGCAACGUAAUAUCUUCCUUGAACAACACUAUAGCGAAUAUAAAAGGCGACAAAAUGCCUCCUCCUGGUGAUCCAGCUUGGGCCACGUACAAGGACCAAUUUUCCGCCUUUAGGAACGAAAUCGAUAGCCAGAGAUCCGCUGCACUGGCAACGGAGAAAUCAAACGCGUCCUCCGAUUGGUCAACGUACAAAGAUCGGAUCGUCGAAACCGUGAACGAGAUCGUGGAUAAGAUCAAGAAUGGAAUGCCUCCUCCUGGUGAUCCAGCUUGGGCCACGUACAGGAACGAGAUUACGAAAAGUUUCUCCAACUUCAUUCCAUCGUCUUUGGAACACGCCAACACGAGCGAAAACGUUCCUUUUCGUUCAACUGCCUCUGCACCAGUCACGAGCAACAACACGUCCAAUCUGACUCUCGAUUGGUCAGAGUUCAGAGCACGAAUCAACGAUUCUGUGAUCAGGAUGAUCGAGGGUAUUCUGAGCAAGAGACCAACGGAGAUCGAUCCGAUCGCUUGGGCAGUGUUUCGAGCCACAGCUGAAGACGAAUUCGCGAAGCUGAGAAGCGAAAUUGGGAGCAUUAGAGACGAGUGGCUGGGAACAGAAAUAGGCAAAAAAGGAAAAGAUUCGUCGAAUCUUGGGGCAAACUGGUCCAAAUAUAAUUAUUCUGAGUUUGAUUCGCUCGUCGUUCCCUCGAAAGAGGAAUGGGACGAUUUUAAGAAAGAGAUCAACGAUACCGUGAUGAAUAUCCUGAGCGUUGCCAACUCGUCCAACGAGUUCGGUUUCGACGAGCUUCACACGAUGUUCAAUCGAUCCUUCACCGAUCUUAGGAAUCAGAUCUCGUCUUUGAGAACGUUGAUCGAGGAGACUUACGAUAAUAAGACAGCCGCCGAUUGGCUCAGCUUCCAAGCACAAAUGAAUUCCACGGUGAAGGGUCUGGUCGAUGGUUCGAGGAAAGGCGACGAGUUGUCCACGGAAGAUGCGAUCGGUGUCUUGUUCAAAGCUAAAGAAGAGUUGUCGAAUGUUCAAUUGCCGGCGAAUUCGGCCGCGAUUCCGCCCGCGGAGUGGAUUCAAUACGCGUCGCACGUGAACAAAACGAUCUCGGACGCUCUGAGAAACAUCAACGACUCUAGGAAUCAUUAUGGAACGAUGAUGCUCAGAGCAGAAGAGACGAUAACGUCAUCCUCGUCGUCCAACGAUCCUAAGAAAUUCGAAACGAAUUGGUUAAUCGUUUCUUGCCUUCUUGGCUCGUUCCAUGUGUUCACGAUGAUAUCAAAGUUCCAAAUUCGCGUGUAAAUUUUUCUUUAUUUCAAUUAUUGUGUGUAUAUAUAUAUAUUCUAUUGUUUAUAGAAACAGACUUUUAUUAUACUAUAUACUAACCAAGAUAAGAAAUGAGAAUAUAUAGGAAGAAUGGAAG